AUGUGGAAAAACACUUCCAUGGAAGUUUUCUCCAUGUCUUCUCGUCACGAAGAAGAUGAUGAAGAGUCUCUGACAUGGGCUGCUAUCGAGAGACUGCCUACGUAUUUACGCACGCGGAGAGGUCUGCUUGCGGAAGAGGAGGGCAAAGCUAGAGAGAUUGAUGUGACGAAUCUGGGAUUACUAGAAAGGAAGAACUUGUUGGAGAGACUGGUGAAGAUUGCUGAGGAAGAUAAUGAGAAGUUCUUGUUGAAGCUCAAGGAUCGCAUGAACAGAGUUGGACUUGAAUAUCCGACAACUGAAGUCCGGUUCGAGCAUUUAAAUGUUGAAGCAGAGACUUAUGUUGGCGGUAGGGCAUUGCCUACAAUGUUCAACUUCUCCAUUAAUAUGUUAGAGUUGUUGUUGAAUUAUCUCCAUAUUCUUCCAAGUCGAAAGCAACAAUUACCAAUCCUCAAUGAUGUUAGUGGAAUUAUCAAGCCAAAAAGAAUGACACUGCUUUUAGGCCCCCCGGGCUCUGGAAAGACCACAUUACUAUUGGCACUGGCCGGAAAACUUGGUAAAGAUCUAAAACUUUCGGGGAGAGUUACAUACAACGGACAUGGGAUGGAAGAGUUUAUACCAGAGAGAACAUCAGCUUAUAUUAGUCAACAUGAUCUACACAUACCGGAAUUGACAGUGAGAGAAACGAUGGCUUUUUCAGCAAGAUGUCAAGGGGUCGGGCCACGUUAUGAAGUGCUGGUAGAAUUAUCAAGGAGAGAGAAGGCCGAAAACAUUAAGCCGGAUCCUGAUCUUGAUGUUUACAUGAAGGCAGCAGCACUGGAAGGACAGGAAACCAAUGUAGUUACAGAUUACAUAAUCAAGGUUCUGGGGCUCGACAUUUGUGCUGACACAAUGGUAGGGGAUCACAUGAGACGAGGUAUCUCUGGUGGACAAAGAAAGAGACUCACCACAGGGGAGAUGCUGGUUGGACCAGCAAAAGCACUUUUCAUGGAUGAAAUAUCUACCGGCUUGGACAGUUCGACUACAUAUCACAUAGUAAAUUCACUCAGACAAUCCAUCCACAUCCUCAAUGGAACUGCUCUAAUCUCUCUCUUGCAGCCAGCACCAGAAACUUAUGAUCUCUUUGAUGACAUAAUUCUCCUCUCAGAUGGCCACAUUGUGUAUCAAGGCCCUCGUGAGAAUGUGCUUGAAUUCUUUGAACACAUGGGAUUCAAAUGUCCAGAGAGGAAAGGAGUUGCUGAUUUCCUACAAGAAGUGACAUCAAGGAAAGAUCAAGAGCAAUACUGGGCUCAGAAAGAGAAGCCUUAUAGCUUUGUAACUUCCGAUGAAUUUGCUGAAGCAUUGCAGUCAUUUCACAUCGGUAGAGAACUUGGUGAUGAGCUUGCCAUUCCGUUUGACAAGUCUAAAGGCAACCCUGCAUCUUUAACAACUAAGAAGUAUGGAGUUAGCAAGAAGGAACUUUACAAAGCUUGUAUGUCUAGACAAAUUUUACUUAUGAAGAGGAAUUCGUUUAUCUACAUUUUCAAAAUGAUCCAAUUUAGUUUAAUGGCUUUGGUAACAAUGACAUUAUUCUUACGUACUGAGAUGCACCGAGGUAGUGUGGAAGAUGGUGGGAUUUACAUGGGAUCUUUGUUUUUCACAAUGCUGAUCAUUAUGUUCAAUGGGUACUCAGAACUUGCUAUGACUGUAAUGAGACUUCCUGUGUAUUUCAAGCAAAGGGAUCUUCUGUUCUUUCCUGCUUGGGCAUAUGCUUUACCGAAUUGUCUGAUAAGGAUCCCUUUGACCAUUGUGGAGGUUUCUAUUUGGGUGACCGUUACUUACUACGUUAUAGGCUAUGAUCCGAGCAUUGGAAGGUUCUUCAAACAGUUCCUUUUACUGCUGUGUAUUAGCCAGAUGGCAAAUGGACUGUUCCGAUUGAUAGCGGCAAUAGGCAGGAGCCCAAUUGUUGCAAACACAUUUGGGUCUGCUGCUUUAGUUGUUGUUUUCGUUCUAGGUGGCUUUAUCUUAUCUCGAGACAAUAUGAAGAAAUGGUUGUUGUGGGGGUAUUGGCUCUCACCGAUGACAUAUGGAAUGAAUGCCUUGGCCAUCAACGAAUUUCUUGGAAAAAGUUGGAGACAUGUUCCUGCCAACUCCACAGAACCAUUAGGAGUUCUGGUCAUGAAGUCUCGAGGGGUACUACCAGAAGCGCGCUGGUACUGGCUUGGAGUAGUAGCUUUACUUGGAUUUAUUCUUUUAUUCAACUUCCUUUUCACCUUGGCACUUCAGUAUCUUGAUCCCAUUGACAAGCCUCAGGCAGUAAUGUCCAAAGAAGCCUUGGCAAAGAAACUUGCCAAGAAAACUGGAGACACCACUGAGCUUUCAUUGACAAGAAAUGAAAGUCAAGAGAAUAUGUCUGCCAAUCGUAACAGGAAGCGAGGAAUGGUUCUUCCUUAACCCCUCUCAAUUACAUUUAAUGAAAUCAGAUAUGCAGUUGACAUGCCACAGGAAAUGAAAGCUGAAGGCAUAACUGAGAAUCGACUAGAACUUCUGAAGGGUGUGAGUGGUGCCUUUCGGCCUGGUGUCCUAACAGCCCUAAUGGGUGUUAGUGGUGCAGGAAAGACUACUCUAAUGGAUGUCUUGGCCGGAAGGAAAACAGGUGGAUAUAUCGAGGGAAACAUCAACAUAUCUGGAUAUCCAAAAAAUCAAGAAACAUUUGCUCGCAUAUCCGGAUAUUGUGAACAAACAGAUAUACACUCUCCUCAUGUCACGGUUUAUGAGGCUUUGGUUUAUUCAGCAUGGCUCCGAUUACCACCAGAGGUUGAUUCCCCAACCAGAAAGAUGUUCAUUGAGGAAGUGAUGGAGCUUGUGGAACUGACCUCAAUAAAGGAAGCACUUGUUGGAUUGCCCGGUGUGAAUGGUCUUUCAACUGAGCAGCGUAAAAGGCUAACAAUUGCAGUAGAGCUUGUUGCCAACCCCUCCAUAAUAUUUAUGGAUGAGCCAACCUCUGGCCUUGAUGCCAGGGCAGCAGCAAUUGUAAUGAGAACAGUGAGGAAUACGGUGGACACUGGGCGAACUGUAGUCUGCACCAUUCACCAGCCAAGCAUUGACAUAUUUGAUGCUUUCGAUGAGCUGUUUCUUUUGAAACGAGGAGGUGAGGAAAUAUAUGUUGGGCCUUUAGGCCACCAAUCUUCCGACUUGAUCAACUAUUUUGAGGGAAUUAGUGGAGUUUCUAAAUUACGGGACAGUCACAAUCCUGCAACUUGGAUGUUGGAGGUUACUUCUGCAGGACAAGAAGAGGCUCUCGGGGUUAGUUUCAGUGACAUAUAUAAGAACUCGGAACUAUACAGGAGCAAUAAGGUCUUGAUCAAGGAACUAAGUACUCCACCACCAAAUUCAAGAGAUUUGCACUUUUCUACAAAGUAUUCUCAGUCUUUCUUCAACCAGUGUAUAGCUUGCCUAUGGAAACAGCAUUGGUCUUACUGGCGAAACCCGUCAUACAGUGCAGUGAGACUUUUGUACACUGCUAUGAUGGCUUUAGUAUUUGGGACAAUAUUCUGGGGUCUUGGCUCCAAAAGGAAUAACCAACAAGAUGUUCUUAAUGCAAUGGGUUCUAUGUAUUCUGCUGUUCUCUUCAUUGGGGUACAAAAUGCCUCAUCAGUGCAGCCAGUUGUAGGUAUUGAAAGGAUAGUAUUUUACAGAGAAAGGGCUGCUGGAAUGUACUCAGCUAUUCCAUAUGCCUUGGGACAGAUAAUCAUUGAGCUUCCAUAUACUUUGUUCCAAACUAUCAUCUAUGGGCUUAUAGUAUACACCAUGAUCGGAUUCGAUUGGACGGUCAGCAAGUUCCUUUGGUAUCUCUUCUUCAUGUACUUCACCUUCUUAUACUACACAUUGUAUGGUAUGAUGAUUGUGGGCAUUACUCCCAACACAACCAUUGCUGCUGUAGCUUCCUCAGCCGUCUACCCCUUAUGGAAUGUUUUUUCCGGAUUCGUCAUUCCAAGAACAAGAAUUCCGAUAUGGUGGAGAUGGUUCUACUGGGUGUGUCCGGUGUCGUGGACUUUGUACGGAUUGCUUACUUCACAAUUUGGAGGCAUCAAGGAUACGCUUGAUUCGGGUGAAACUGUUGAAGAUUUUAUAAAGGAUUAUUUUGGCUACAGAGAAGGCUUUCUAGGUGUUGUUGCAAUUGUCCAUGUUGGGAUUUCAGUGCUCUUCGGAUUCAUCUUUGCCUUGUCAAUCAAGGCAUUCAACUUCCAGAAGAGAUGA